AUGGGGCGCAACCGACAGACGCCCCCAGAACAGGGCGCCGGGGACCACCGGGGAGCCGAGCGCGGCACCGUGAGCCCGGGGCGCAGCCCCGCAGCCCCGGUCGGCCUCCCGCCCUCGCCGCACAGGCGGCCACGGAGCUCCGCGCCUCCCCCGCUGCCUUACUCGGCUGCCCCGGGCCCUGUCCUCCCGCCCCGGUGUGGGCGAGCUCUGCGGGCGAAGAAGCGCCCUUCCAGCCCGGUGCCCGACGCCCAGAGCCGAGGAAGCAAGAAGAAGGUGAAGAAAGACGCAGAGAAGGGGACACUGCUUUGGCUGGGGCUCUCGACUCCCAGAAACCCUCCCAAAGUCCCGUCCAGCCGCCGCCGCCGCCCGGCCGGCAGGGGGCACAGUGGGCAGCCGGGGCGCGGAGGCCGGGCUAGGGGGCCGACUGGGAGGCCCCCAGGCGCCGAGUGCCCGCUCGUACCUCGCAGAAAGCCCGGAGCCCCAGGCGUCGGACUGUCGUCAGCUCCCGGUCCCUUCCUGCUCGCACCGCGCCAGCCCUGCUCCUCUCAGCUCCUCUCAGCCCCUCUGCCCCGGCGGCUUGACGAGCGCUCCGCGUCCGCCCCGCCCACGCCUCCCGCCCCGCCCCCAGAGGCUCCGCCCACACGCCCGCCCCGAGGUGGCGGGGGUGGCCGCCGAGCAGCGGGAGCCGAGAGCCUAGCUUGCUGCCGCACGUGGAGCGCCUGCCGGCCCCGCCCCGGACCCAACCAAGCGUCCCGCGGAGGGGUGUCGCCACGGAGGGGUGGGAGAAAGCGGAGGGCGCCACACCUCCCGGGUCCUGAGGAAGGAAGAGAGCGGCAGAAGGGCGCUGUGUGGGGACCCCUGCGAUCUAGGCCUUUCCCCACACGACGGAACCUGGAGGGGACGCUGUCAGCUUCCCCCUUCUGGCCGAAUGGCCCUCUCCGACGCUCGGCCCCCGCUCCCUUGGCACGCUCCCUCCCUAAGCCCAGUCGGGCGGGGCGGGGGUGGCUGUUUGGCCUGAGCCGCGUCUUACUAAUUCGGAACGACGGAGUGGAGGCCACUCAAAGAGGAGGCGAUCCCAGCGGAGGAGGCUUCGUGACUCCUAGCUUCUCUCCCGUCCUCCUGUCCCGCACCCACCGGCCCACCCACCACUCGGGACGCCGCGCCCUCGUGGGUUUUAUGCUGGAUGGGGGGCGCCGCCAGGAAGCCAAGCCUUCCCCGCUAACUCUUGUUUCUGCAAUUGUAAAGGAAGAAGUUAUUCAUUCCAUGAAUUUAUUGAGUACUUCCAAAUGCCAGCUCUCCCUCUACCUUUACUCACCCUACAGACUUUUGAAAUAUUAAGAAGAAUGUUGGAGGGAUUUUACUAGAGCAGUUAAUCAAUUAUUGAAUUCCUUCCCAACAAAACAUUUUGAUGAGAUGCCCUUGGGAACAGAGUGGUUUGAGUUGAGCAAGGGAAACAUCAGUGGCCUUGCUUCCAUUUGCUCAAUGCCCCCAUGUCCAUAUCAAGUUUUCCUUGUGUCAUCUGGAGCUGCUCCAUCUCUGAACACCGGAAUCCUGUCUGUCCACCAUGUCCUGCCCUGCUACCUCUCCCACCAGAGCUGUUGUCUGACUUUCAGUCACCGCAACCCUCCUGGUUCUUCCAGUUUAUUGGCCAUUUUUGGCUUCACUUCUUUCCUUUUGAAUUAAAUGCCUCUACUCACCAUUUUGAAUUUAUUCUCCCCUGUAGUCUAUGCCCCAUAUCUCCUUGACCUUCUCAUACAGCUUUCCUAACAACCCUAAUAAUCAGGUGAACUCAGUCAUCCAUUUCUUGCAUUUUGCUUUGAAGUCACCAAGGAAGACCAAAGAAAAUCUAUGAAUGUGUUGAUUAGUCACGUCACCAAGACAACAUUGGAGCAGUGGAGCACUUACAGAUGCUUGGUCAACUUUUUAUUCAUUCCUGGUUGGCUCCCUUUCCCUUUCACCACAGUGUUCAGGUUUUUUUUUAAGGAUUUAUUUAUUUGUUUGAGAGACGAGGGUAGAGGGAGAGAGUCUUAAGCAGACUCCAUGCUGAGCGCAGAGCCCGAUACGGGGCUCCAUCUGAUGACUGUGAGAUCACGACCUGAGCCGAAACCAAGAGUCAGACACAACCAGCUGUGCCAGCCAGGCGCCCCACAAUGUUCAGAUUUUUAUGGUUCUCUUCAAGUCCAUCAUUCCAGUCUAAAACCCUGCCACUCUCAAGGCUCGUCCUAGCCCAUCUCUGCCGGCCACUGGUCUGAAAGGUUUAUGAGUAUUACCUCGUUGAAUCCUCACAACAGCCCUUUGAGGGAGGUACUAUCAUCAUUUACAGAUGCCUAAGAUCUUAAAGAAAGUAAGUGUUGGAUCUGGACUCAGGAAAUCUCUCUCUAAGCUCACACACGCUCUCCCUAACCUGCCUUGCUUCUGCUGUAGAGCUGACUCCAGGCAUCUUCUCACUAGGGCUUUAGCUCCCUCCACCUGCAAAGUUCUGUUGUCUUCCUCUGAUGCCGUUCUCUCCUGACCCCUCUCACUCAGUCUCCUACCAAAGCUCCAUAUCCCAAGCCCUCUCAGCUGUUCAGGGGCCUUCGCCUUCAUUUGUUUAUUUAUUUAGCAAAUACAUAUUAAGUACCUGUUGUGUACCAGGUGUUGGGGACAGAUGCAAACAAGGCCUAAUCUUCCAACCUGGGAGAUUACCUAAUUAUCCACUCUCCCUCUUAAGUAUUCAGUGUCUGGCCAGCUCCUAGACCAUUCUUUGCAUUGACAGAGAGUUGAAAUCACUGGACAUUUCACACUACAUCUGGCACUGACCCUGACAGGUGCAUGCCUGACGGAUGAAUGAUUCCAGGUAAAGUAAUUAGUUUGGAAGUCUGUCAGUCCUCUUUCUGAAAAGUAGCCCACUUCACAGGGGCCUCUAGCUCAUACCUUUUUGUCAGUGGAUCUGGGAAGGUUUGGAAAACUAACCGUUGCCAUUACUGACUGACUAGUUGCACUUCAGCUGAAAUGUAUUGCCACCAAAGUACCUCCAACUGGUACCUGUGGCUUAAGCCUUGUAAUCUAUGAUUGUGAAAAAAAGAUAUAAUCUUAUUAAAGGAAUUUCAGCAUUUGUAAGGGGGGAGAUAUUUGUGAGACAAGGCACUUUUAAAACUCAUGUUUUGCCCCUUUUAAUCUAGCGGUUCUCAACUGUAGGGUGGUUUUGCUCCCAGAAGAACAUUUGGCAGUGUCUGGAGCUGUGCUUUGUUGUCACAACUUGGGGCGUAGGAGGAGUGCCUAGCGGGUAGAGGUUAGGGAUGGUCCUAAGCAUCCUGCAAUGCAGGCACCUCACAACAGAAUUCUUGAGAACCAUAGAUCUGAAGGGUGAACUUACUGGAACAUUUAGCUACCCUGUCAGUUGGGUUUGAGGAAUGUGUCCCUUUGGGGAUGCUGGCUGAGCCUGCUGAAGGUCUGUUGAAGAGUUACUAGAGGUGAAAAAUCAUUUGGGACCUAGAGAGGAAGGUAUUCGGGCUGAGUUUCUCCGUCUCCUUUCCCUAACUCUACCUGGAUCUUUGUCUUAGCCCCAAGACACCUGAUACACAUUGUAUGUCUUCUUGUAUCACCUAUUCUAGUGUAUGCUGACUUUGAGAGGGAAAAGUAAAUUGGAUAAUCCCUGUAUCUGACAAAGCAUUUUUUUCCUUUUUUACGUAAGUAUAAUUUCUACCUCUGGCUAUAAAAUUUCUGAUGUGGUAGAACACUAUUCUGUUUGUCAACAGAGGUAUAGCAAGAUUGAUCUCAAUCCAAAUUAAACAAUAGGUCAAAGAAGAAAAAAGCUGGAAACGCUAAUGCUUCUCACAUCAAUGAAGAACAAACUUUUGAACUAAAAUUAGUGUUAAAGAAAUAUUAAUAAAGUUAAU